AUGCCGAGAGACUACAACCUUUCCCGCAGCCAGAUUGAACAAUAUCUGCGCGACGGCUAUCUACAUAUACCAUUCGAAGAGCAUCAAAUCGCCCAACCGAAUGAGCUUCAAGCCUGGACCAACGAGGUCAAGAGCUGGCCCUAUGAAUCAGGGAAAUGGCUCUGCUACGAAGAGCCUAGCCUUGACGGCAAACAGCAGUUGUUCCGAACGGAAGCCUUUGUUGAAUAUCAUCCCGAGUUUGAUCAACUCCUGCGCGGUGGAGUAAUUGGCAACAUCCUGAAGCAAUUAUCUGGCGAUGAAAUGCUUCUGUUCAAAGAAAAAAUCAAUUACAAACUCCCCAACAGCAAUGGCUUCAAAGCCCAUCUUGACGCGCCUGCCUACGACCACAUCGGCCGUGUCAACCACCUGACCGUCAACAUCGCGGUUGACGAAGCUACCGUCGCAAACGGCUGCUUAGAAGUCGUCCCUGGCAGCCAUAAUGUGAAUGUUAAGCUGGCUCCCGGAGAAGGAGGCCGCGUUGCGGAAGACUGGGAGGCCAGCGCACACUGGGUCUCUCUCCCGCUUAAGCCAGGCGACAUCGUGCUGUUUGGAAGUCACCUGGCCCACCGAAGUGCUCCGAAUAAGACGGAUCACAGCCGCGCGAGCGUCUAUGCAACCUACUCGCGCAAGCAAGAUGGGACGGAUUUGAGGGAAAGGUAUUACGCGGAUAGGAGGGCGACAUUUCCUCCGCACUAUGACAGAAAACCAGGGGAAGACUAUGGCGCUGGAAUGUUGAGGUACGGAUUUCAUUAUUUUGAGAAAUCGGCGACGAGAACGGCAAUGUUUCCCGCGAAGGAGGCGACUACUUCAACGUAG